AUGAUUAAUGAAGGUGUUCAUAUAAUCCAUGGACAUUCUAGUCAUCAUAUACGAGGUGUAGAAAUAGUUCAACGUCAAAAUGGAACUCGUAGUUUAAUUACAUAUGGUUGUGGUGAUUUUCUUGCUGAUUAUGUAAUUGAUGAAGACUAUCGAAAUAAUCUCGGCGCACUUUUUCAAGUACAUCUUACAAUAUCACCUUCCUCUUCACCACAAGAUGGAAAACUGGAAUCAAUUCGACUUCAAUCACUUCGCAGUUAUCCAACUCCAUGUUUGAAUUUUCAAGUCAAUCGAUUGAGUUUGCAAGAUGUUGAUUGGUCUUGGAUCAAAGGGAAAUUCAUGCAAUUAAGUAAUAUUAGUGGAAAACUAUGGACAGUUGAUCACAACAGUGACAUAUUAUUGGAUAUUUCUACAUAA